AUGCAUCCCAUCGGACUACGCCACUUCCAUGAAUUGGUGCCACUUCCCCAGUUCGAAGAGGAGGAUUCAGGCUUCUACUUCUUUCUGGCGCAGAUCAGCCUUAGGAAGUUCCUGACACAGACUCUUGAAGUUGUCGGUUACUUUACAGGACAGGUCAUCUUCGCACCCGUCGUCGUUGGCGAGCUACGUAAACAAGUGCGCGAAUGGUACCAUCAUCUACCUUCUGCCGUUCGGUUUCCCUUGGAUUCGACGCCGCUGUUUGACUCAAGGAAGUCUUUCCUAAGGAUUCAGUACAUGGCUCUACAUGUAGUUCUUGGCUGGCCUUCGGUACUUAGGAUACUCGAGAACAGCGAAGGGGAGGCCAGUGCUCAGGAAAACGAAACGAUUGGCGUCACAAGGGAGCAUGCGCGACACUGCAUAAAGAGUUCAGCCUUGCUUCUGAGUGUCGCGGACGAGCAACUCAUGGGAAGAAAGAUGGGAACGCACUUUACACUAUACCCGUAUGGUCACUGCGUUCAAACAUGUUGA